AUGCCCCAUUUUUGGAUUAAGAAAACGAAACGAAUAGUCCGUCCUCCUGAUGUGAUGAAAACCGCAGUGGAAGAAGUUCUUGGAGGAGCAAAAUUACGCGCAACUGCAAGGAAAUAUGAUAGCAUGCAACCGUUGGAUGUAGGAUUCAUGGGGCCUCUGAAAACGUACUAUGCUCAGGAAAUUGAGACUUGGCUGCGAAACAACCCUGAUCGUAUUGUCACGCCAUUUAUCAUUGCAAGACUAUUUUCAGUUGCAUAUAACAGAGCAGCCACUAUGGAGGUUUCGGUGAACUCGUUUAGAACAACGGGACUAUUUCCGCUUAAUAGAAAUAUUUUCCGAGAUCAUGAUUUCUCAGUGUUCGAAGUUGAGGAGAAAUUAACAGUCCCUGAAGAUACUGUAAGUCGUCCUCCACCGGGAUCUUCCACAGAAUCUAGAAACAUUGAAUAUACUUCAGGAAAAUCAGAAGGUAUCAGUUGCAUUAAAACAGCUUUAGAUAAUCCCCGUCCAGGAACUUCCAAAGAUUCUAGCGAUAUUGAGGAUGCCGCAGAUGAUCCACGGCCGGGAAAUUCAAAAGAGUCCAAUGAUCAGGGGGCUGUAAAUAGUUCUCGUAAAGCCGUCAAAUACCUUUCAGAACCUACAAAGCUUGUCAGUCCAGUGCAGAUAAAACCUCUUCCCAAAAUAAAGAGCAAGAAGCCCAGUGCUCGUGCAGGCAGUGCAGCAUUGAUUACCUCAUCUCCUUACAAAGAUGAUUUAACAGAAAGUUUGGAUAAGAAACGUAAAAAGGAAGAUUCCGCAAAACAUAGCAAAGUUACAUCAGUUACAAAGAAGGUUAAGUUUGACGAUGCAAGGGAAGCAAAGUUUCGCAAACCAAAAAGUACUAAACGGUUUAAAAAGAAGAGGGCCGAUUUAAGUGACAGCUCAACUGAUGAAAGCGAUGACUUGGGAGAAGUUGUUGUUGAUGAUGAGAGUGAUGGUGACGAAAAUUAUGACGCAGAAUGCCUCUUCUGCACAAGCAUGUAUUCUGCAGACAAGCAUGGUGAACAGUGGGUUAGGUGUACAGUGUGCUACAGAUGGGCCCAUGAAGAUUGUGGUGCAGAAGAUCCUAUCUUUGUGUGCCCAAUGUGUGAAAAAAGACAGAAAAAGUAA